UAGAGACGACAGAGCAAUCGGUCGAGCGCCCUCUUCAGUUUUCUGACCUUUUCACCCAAAAUGUCGAAGAGAGGACGAGGUGGUUCAGCUGGGUCCAAGUUCCGCAUCUCACUGGGUCUCCCAGUGGGAGCAGUAGUCAACUGUGCAGAUAAUACAGGAGCCAAGAACUUGUUUGUGAUUGCUGUAAAAGGGAUCAAAGGUCGUUUGAACCGAAUGCCAGCAGCUGCUUCUGGGGACAUGAUAAUAGCAACAGUCAAGAAGGGAAAACCAGAACUCAGGAAAAAAGUAAUGCCUGCGGUGAUCAUUCGGCAGAGGAAACCUUUUAGAAGACGUGAUGGGGUGGUUUUAUACUUUGAAGACAAUGCUGGUGUCAUAGUAAACCCCAAAGGGGAGAUGAAAGGUUCGGCUAUAACUGGUCCAGUGUGUAAAGAAUGUGCUGACAUGUGGCCUCGUAUCGCCAGCAACGCCGGAAGCAUUGCCUAGCAUUCCCUAGUUAAUAAAUAUACAACUAUCCACACUUGGCAGAAAUUAGCUUGCGUCAACUGUAAAUUUAAUAUGACCAGACCAUAAAUUAAACAAAAACCCACGAUUUCA